GCCAUGUUGUUUUUGACUGUUUAUUGUUUGCGGCGCCCCGCUACCGUUGUUAUAUUAAACUAUGAUAUUUAAAAAGUUAAAACAUUAGUGCUAUUAAUAAACCUUAUAAAACAUAUUAAUGUAUAUUGAAGAGUGUUUAGUGUUACUUAUUCACAUUAUAACUGUAUAAAUUCUGUAAAUUUGUUCAAAAACCUAUGAACAGUUUUACAAUGGCUACCUCCGCGUCCCCCCUAAUAACUAAAAUUGACAGUGAAAAUGUUCACGUGAUAUUUAAAAACUAAUAAAACUAUUAACAAUGUUUAUUUGUAUUAAAUAAAGUUAAUUCUUAAUUUUUUAAUUACUACAGCUAUGAAUUCUGAUAAUCAGAAUGUUUUACCAACAGUGCACGGAACUUCAGAGGGAGCUUCCCAUAGAAGUCCUGCCACUACUUCUGUACCUACAGAUUUGAGAGUAAAUACUACAGCUUUAAAUGCUGUUGCUUUGAGUAAUGUAGCUAAAUAUUGGGUGUUAACAAACUUGCUUCCUGGACCAAUACCACAAGUAUCAGUUUAUGGAUUGCCAGGUGCUACUAGGGAGAGCCAAGGAAAAAUUUCUCAAGAUACUGUUCUCAGCCAGCAUAGUUUUCUACAAACUGAUCCACUGCUCAUUCAACAGCAUACUCAAAUUCCAGUUAGUAUUGCAACAUCACAAGGUAAUAUUGGACUGCCAACAAAUGCUGUGCAUCUUGAAAAUGCCCUUAAUGUAUCUAGUCACCACUCCAAUGAAAAUAUAUCAUCACAGAAUAUGAAUCAGUUAUCUAGGGACAUGAGAAUAACCCAUACUCAACAUCAAAAUCAGCAAUCUCAACAGCAUCACCAGCAGCAGCAACAACAACAACACCAGCAACAACAACAACAGCACCAACAACAAAAUUCUCAAAAUUUAGUUCAAGUACAAGUCCAGGAUAAUUUGGUAUCAGUGAUCGAGGAUACCAAGGAUCAAAAAGAUAUAUCGGCCCAACUACAAGCAGCCCAAUUACAACUUUCAGAAAACAAUAUAGCUCAGCAGUCCUUGACUGUUCAACAGCUACAACACAUGCAGGUUCAACAAGUUUUGGAAAACGUGGUGCGACUGGAGAACUCUGUAGAAAACAACCAGAACCAAUCAAAUAACAAUCAUCAGGAUUCUCUUACAGAGUCGAUACAAAUAGUAAAAGAUGAAAAAUCAUUUCCUAGUUGUAAAUUAGUAUCGGGCUCACAAUUCGGUUUGCAGGAUCUCAAGAGUAACAUGAUGGACGUCAGAACUGCUGAUGGUAGCAUCGUUAAAAUACAGACUAAUAUGCAAGAACAGGAAUUGGUAAAAACAUUGGGGCUGGAUAUUGUAAACAACAUGUAUAAAGUUAAUGUGGAUGAUUUGAAUCAGUUGUUGGCUUAUCAUGAGAUUUUUGGAAAAUUGCAGGGCAACCAAGGUACAGAUUUGUCUAACAAUAACCAAAAUGUAACACAAAAUUCAAAUCACUUGAAUAUUUCAAAUUCUAAUAUAAUUAUCACCAAAGACGAACAAGAACCGUCCACGAGCAACGUUUCCAACGAAAACCUACCAACGGUAGUUCCAACACACGCAUGCGACUUGUGCGGUAAAAUGUUUCAAUAUCGUUACCAAUUAAUCGUACACAGACGUUACCAUACAGAACGUAAACCAUUCACUUGUCAAGUAUGUGGCAAAGCUUUUACUAAUGCACAAGAACUUACUCGCCACGGAAAAUGUCAUUUAGGAGGAAGUAUGUUUACAUGUUCAGUUUGUUUUCAUGUAUUCGCAAAUGAUGCUUCAUUAGAGAGACACAUGAAAAGACAUUCUACAGAUAAACCAUAUGCUUGUAGUAUUUGUUCAAAAACUUUUGCAAGGAAAGAGCAUUUGGAUAACCAUACAAGAUGCCAUACAGGGGAAACACCUUAUAGGUGCCAAUAUUGUACAAAAACGUUUACGAGGAAGGAACAUAUGGUAAAUCACGUUAGAAAACAUACAGGAGAAACGCCUCACAGGUGUGAAAUAUGUAAGAAAUCAUUUACAAGAAAGGAACAUUUUAUGAAUCACGUUAUGUGGCAUACGGGAGAAACUCCACAUCAUUGUACAUUUUGUGGAAAAAAGUAUACUAGGAAAGAACAUUUGGCAAACCAUAUGAGAAGCCAUACUCAUGAUACACCUUUUAGAUGUGAAAUUUGCGGCAAAUCAUUUACAAGAAAAGAACAUUUUACGAAUCAUAUAAUGUGGCACACUGGUGAAACACCUCAUCGUUGUGAUUUUUGUUCUAAAACUUUUACUAGGAAAGAACAUCUCUUGAAUCACGUGAGGCAGCAUACAGGGGAAUCCCCACAUCGGUGUGGAUUUUGUGCAAAAUCGUUCACCAGGAAGGAACAUUUGAUUAAUCAUGUUCGGCAGCAUACAGGUGAAACACCAUUUAGAUGCAACUUUUGUCCCAAAGCUUUUACAAGAAAAGAUCACCUCGUGAAUCACGUUCGUCAACAUACUGGUGAAUCUCCUCACAAAUGUACCUUCUGUACUAAAUCUUUUACCAGGAAAGAACACUUGAAUAAUCAUGUUAGACAACAUACAGGGGAAUCUCCUCAUAGGUGCCAUUUUUGCUCCAAGUCUUUUACAAGAAAAGAACAUCUUACAAACCACGUCAGAAUACAUACAGGUGAAUCCCCACAUCGAUGUCAGUAUUGUCAAAAAACUUUCACCCGCAAAGCACACCUCACCAAUCACCUACAUCAACAUACAGGCGAAUCACCGCAUCGUUGUGAAUUUUGUCAAAAAACCUUCACUAGAAAGGAACACCUCACUAAUCACUUGCGGCAGCACACAGGAGAAACUCCACAUUGCUGUAAUAUUUGUUCUAAACCUUUCACCAGAAAAGAGCAUCUUGUAAAUCACAUGCGAUCACAUACUGGAGAAAGACCUUUCGCUUGUAAUGACUGUGGAAAGUCCUUCCCACUUAAAGGAAAUCUUUUAUUCCACCAAAGAUCUCAUAAUAAGGGGGCUAAUGCAGAACGACCGUUUAGGUGUGACCUUUGCGAAAAAGAUUUCAUGUGCAAAGGACAUUUAGUAUCACAUCGUCGAUCACAUAUGAGCGAACGACCACAUGUUUGUCCUGAUUGUGGCAAAGCGUUUGUAGAAAAAGGAAAUCUAUUACGACAUCUUAAAAAACACACAGCAGAUCAAGCCCAAGCACAGUCCAACAACCAAAUACAGAACCAAGGUAAUAACGCAUCACAAAAUACUCAACCCGCAGUAACUACAUCAAAUAUUCAAAUACCGCAAGUUCACGUUAGCCAAGCUCAGCAACUGCAACAAAACACCAAUGCUAACUUAGGCCAAUCUUCACAUAUGCAAAUGCCACCUCCUAGUAGCCAUACUGUUAUACCAACAGCAAAUAAUAAUGUACUGACCUAUUAGGCUCUUUAACCUGAGUUUAUUUUUGGCGCAGAAGACAGAUAUUAAAGUAGAAAUAUAUUGAAAUUGAGUGAAAAAAUACAAAUUAUUACUCAAAUAUUUAUCUACAGACUGAUUCUAGAAUUAAUGAAUUUUACCUAAUAUCCUUUGCAAGGUAGGUGUAGAUGCAUUACGCAACUUUUCUUCAUGAAAAGACAUAUCUGAAAUGUCUACAGUUCUUCUUCUUUGAGCAUAUUAAAAUAUCCAAAAAAUAUUACCAAAUUUUUAUUACCAAAUAAAUUAUUUAGGAGAGAACAUUGUUUAUAAGCAAGUACCAAGUAAACUAUGGUGAGAAUGCUCGACUUCGUCUUCCGGGGAAGACUUGUUGACAAUGAACAGACAGUAGCCUAAUAAUAUGGUCAUCCAUGUUAGAAAGAAGAAGACUUGAAAAAUUAAAAUCAUUAUCAUCAUUAAAUGCUCCCAUCUGUCUUUUGAUGCCUACAUUAAAUGAGCUCAGGUGUAUACUGCAAACAUAUUUGUUGUGUGAUAAAUAAUUUUAAUUGUUAACGAAGUAGUGUUUAUUUCUGAACAGUAUUUUAUUUAAAUUUUAUUAAAGGAAUUGUAACUGCCGAAAUAAUCGGUGAUAUUUGUUUGAAUCUCCAUAUUGUGAGGAGUGUUUAUAUCCUUGUAAAUCGAUGGUACUAUUAAAAUAUUGUAAUAUUAACAUAGAGGUAUUAGUACACGAUUGUGCGCGUCUAAAUUGAUAGUUAAUAAAUAAAUAUCCGGGAUUUGCAGUAUUAAAUUAUUGUUUUCUAGAAAUUUUUGUUUGAGGUUAUAGAAGGUAUACUACCAUUAUCCCUUUGUUCUUUCCGAAUAUGAGUCCAGAUUAAAAGUUUUGCGUUAUUUCUUCGGCAAUUGCGUGAUUGAUAAAAAACAGAUAUCUAAAAGUCGAAUUUUUAUGCAAAGAUUUUCACGAUUUAUUUAUAAAUCACGAACCCUUUCAAGAAUGAUCCAUAUAGAAAUAUAUACUGAUUAUACAAACCUCCAAAAUGUUCAAAGUAAACUAUUUAAAAAAAUUCUCCUAGAAUGUAGAUCUGGUGAUUUGGGAGGUUGUAAGCAGGAUCAAGUGGGAAUUUUGAUCCAACAUUUGCACGUUUUAUUUAUAAAUCACUAAUCCUUUCAAGCAUGUUCUGUAUAUAAAUAUAUAGCUUUAAUACAAACCAUAAACAGGUUCAAAGUAAACUAUUUAAAAAAUUUCCAGAAGAAAAAAAUCUUGAAGGAUUUUGAUCUGGUGAUCUAGGAGGGUGUAAAAAGAAUAAAGUAGAUUAGGUAGGAUGUGUGGUUUAAUUAAAUUAUCAUUUAAUAACCUUGCUCAAAAUUUUUAUUGAUUUUAUCAGUGUUGAUUUGUUAACAAUAGCAAAUCAAAUGCUGUUUGUGGAAUUCUAUACAAAAAUUACUUAUUUUAUUGUUGACAUGAAUACAACUUUCAAAUUUUAUUGCGAGCAUUUUCAUCAAUUAUUGUUUAUAAUUGAUUAUGCUGGUCAUCCUGAACACUUCUAAUUAUGUUCCUGAUUUCAAAUCGUCAUAUAUUUACAAAGAAAUGAGUUUUUUCGCUGGCAUAAAUUUAUCCCUCUUGUUGUCCUGGAAUAGAAAAUAAAUAAUUAUAAACAAUUACUAGUAUUUUUCAAAAUUUGAGAGUUUGAAAUAAAAGGAAAAACUUCUUUUUCAUAAAUAAUUUAUCUACAACAGUGUAAUAAUGUUCAUGAAAAUGAGUCUCUUCCAGAUACGUCCAUAAUUUUGAAAAUUUGACAUUGAUUUUUUAGAUAUAUCAAAUUUGAAUAAUAUUAACGACGAUAAAAAAGUGUAAAACACUACAUAACUAAAUUUUGGGAUUCAUAUUUGGAUUUUUCAAUUAAUCAAAAGGAAAUUUACAACAACUAAUUACCAAUACAGUAAAUUUCGGAAUUAUGAAUGCCUAUGUGCUCACUAAUUUUAAUUUAUUUGAUUUUUUAUUGCCUCCAAGGUUUGUGCAAUAUGACUCAUAUAUUAUCAUAUAUUUUUUAUAUAUUUUUUUAUAUCUUCGGUCUUAUUUUUUUAUCAUAUAUAAUCAUGGGAACAAAUUUCUUCUAGUUCAAGAUGAUCUAACAAAAACGAAACAUAACUUGACUUAUUUUUUUAUGUACUCUAUAUUAUUUAAAAAAUUGAAAAACACAUAGGUAAUAAAAAUAGAUUAUACAGAAAAAUUUUAUUUUAUAACAAGAAAAUAGUACAAGUAUUAAAAGUGUCCAAAUGAACAUUCAAAAGUCAUAACUAAUAUAGUGGAAAUAUUUAAAAAAGUUAAAUGGGCAAUUUAACAAAUUUGGGAAGCAAAACAGUCAAAAUAAGGAAGAUUAAAAAAUUUUUAGAGUAACUGAAACAAGUGGAGUACUUUUGUUAAUAAAUAAUAUAUAUUAAAAGAAUAAGUUAAAAUCUCAAAUUUUAACAACAUCCAAAAUAACUUCCGUCCUAGGUAUCAUGAAGUGAAAUAAGAAAAUUUGUAUUUAUUAUUAUGACUUAUGAAUUUUAUAUUGUGUAAAAGAUUAUAAUUAUUUUUGUUAGUUACUCAAGGUAGCUAACAAGAAUAACAAAGAAUAGUAAGAUGCCACUAUUCAUUGUUUUCUUGUAUCAGGCACUGGAUCGACUUCCAACAAUUAACGUCUUAUAUUUACACAAAACUUUAACAAAUUAAAUAACUAAAUCUUCGUCAAGAAUCACUAUAUUCAUGAAAACUGUAUGAAAAUAUGUUCCAUAUACAUAUAGACAGAUGUGGAGGAGGAUUUUACGUGUACAUUUACUUUUAAUAAUUUGAACAAUUCACAUCGUAACGAAGAUAUUCGAAUUUGGAUUUUCAUUUUUGUUAGCUCAUCUUUGUUGUAUUUAUAAGUUGUUAAUUCAUAUCAUGUGGAUAUUAGAUAAUUGUUGUACAGAAUGUUUCUAAAUUUGUAACAAAUUUUAUUCCAAUAUUCUGAUUACCAAAGAUUCAUAGGCAACAUUGAAGAUUAUUGUAUAUAUUCAACAUAAUCAUUAACUGAUCAUUUUCUGAAUUUAUGCUUUUCAAAAAUUACAGUAUUUGCUAUUUACAAGCUUCAGUAUGAAUUUCAGAAAUUAAAUUUGGAAGUAUUCUGUAUAUAUAUACUUUGUAUUUAACAAUUUAGCUUUAUAAUAAACGAAUUAUUGUAAAAAUCUUUAGACACAGCUACUAAUUAAUUAGAAAAAAUAUUUUUAGCUUAGACAGCUGAAGAAAUAUUUUGUAAUUGAAAUAAGCUGCAUAUUUUCAGGUUAUAAUUUAUAUAAUAUAGAUGAUGUACAAAACAAUGCAUUGAAAAUAAAUACUUUUUUCAUUUA